UCCUGUGCCCCAUGUAUAAAGUCCUGACAGGCCCAAACAGCCCAGAAAGCUCUCUACUUCGGUAUUGGAUGUCCUUCCCUCUCCGAACCUUAUUGCCACUCUACAAGGACAACACCGUCCCCGUAGCAGUCAUGAAGAGGCCCUAUUACCUUCAGGAACCCCUGCAUCAAAUCAAGCAACUCUUUGCAUCUUCAAUCCUGGUGCAGGGGAAUCCAAUGGUUCAUCGGAAAACUUACAACCAUUGGGUCCUGGAGGUGACGACAAUGGGAAAGCUGGAGAUCCUGAGGCCUAAUCUGGAUUGGCCACGAAUCUGGAAGGCGACUGCAGCCCUUCCUAGUAACAUCAGAGAGACCAUGUUCCUGUUCAACCAGCGACUUCUCCCUACCAGGACCAGAUGCCAUCGGUUGGAUCCCAACGAGGACGCAAAAUGCCCAAUCUGCCAUCAAGACCCCGAAACCGAUGAGCAUCUGAUGUUCCAGUGUCCUGAACGCCUCACCGUUUGGAGCUGGUUGGAAGGAAUCAUGCGUCAAAAGGGCUGCAAGACAUCAAAAGAAGAUCUGAUUCGUGGUCAUUUUGGGCCAAUAGGGAAUCUCCGGCAAGCGUUUACUCUUCUGGCUGCCUACAUCUUCAUCAACUGGAAGGCAAGGAACCAUCAACGUACCCCAAAUCAAGAAGAAGUAGAGAGCUUAUGGAAAACACUUUACCCCCAUAGUUAAAUCCACCAUUCU